AAAGUAGUGUUAGAAGUUAGAUUUGCCGUUCUCAUGCACCCAUAAAUAAUUGCCAACUAAGAACCUCAUAUUUCCGGCUUGCUGUUUUGAUUUUUAGCGCUCUCUCUCUCUCUCUCUCCGUUUCUAAUUAUGCAGAGACGAAGUAAAGCAUAAGGGGGAAAAAAAAAAAAAAACUAAAAAAGAACGCCCGCCUUUUGAACCUUCGAUCGCAUCUGCCCUUUCUCUCUCUCCCGCUCCCUCUCUCUAAAUCUGUAUCGGUAAUGGCCGCAUACAGAGCGGAUGACGAUUACGAUUACCUGUUCAAGGUGGUGCUGAUAGGUGACUCUGGCGUCGGCAAAUCCAACCUCUUGUCCAGGUUCACCCGCAACGAGUUCAGCCUCGAAUCCAAGUCCACCAUUGGCGUCGAGUUCGCCACCCGCAGCAUUCGCGUCGAUGACAAGGUCGUCAAGGCCCAGAUUUGGGAUACCGCCGGCCAAGAAAGAUAUCGUGCAAUCACGAGCGCAUAUUAUCGAGGAGCUGUUGGUGCGUUACUUGUCUAUGAUGUCACCCGCCAUGUUACAUUUGAAAAUGUGGAGAGAUGGCUGAAGGAGCUUCGGGAUCACACCGAUUCUAACAUUGUGAUCAUGCUGGUUGGGAACAAGGCAGACCUGCGUCAUUUGCGAGCAGUUUCAACUGAGGAUGCCACAGGUUUUGCAGAAAGGGAGAACACUUUUUUCAUGGAGACAUCUGCCCUGGAAUCCCUGAACGUUGAAAACGCCUUUACAGAAGUGCUGACCCAAAUCUACCGUGUUGUGAGCAGGAAGGCUCUUGACGUUGGGGAUGACCCAGCAGCCCUGCCCAAGGGGCAGACGAUCAAUGUCGGAUCUAAGGAUGAUGUAUCAGCUGUGAAGAAAGUUGGUUGUUGCUCUGCUUAAACUCGAAGAAACGUGUACUUUCAGAAGCCAAUACCCUGUUCAUAAUUUAUAGAGGUUUAGGGAUCAAGAGAAGAGCCUACAACCAAUUUAAUUAACGUCCUCACCUUUUACUUUGAAGCUAUUUUCCUCCCUUAUUUAUGUUACACUAGGCUUUUAGAGAUUAUAAAUGUAACAGAUUGGUGUCUUUCUCAUUUGAUUAAAUGCUCUUUACCUAUUUUUCUAUACGUAAACCGGCUGGGUCAUGCUUCUUGUUUUGGAGGGCAGCCUGAUAUGUAGUGAAUUGCAAAAUCAUGUACUCCAUUGUAUGAUAUGAUUGAUUAGAUUGAAA